UUAUGGACGUAUCUUCUCCAGAAGGAUCUCCCUGCGUCCAACGACUUUGCCGCUAUACCCAUGAUUCCUGCAGUAGCACCAGUCGAUAGGACCAACACAUCCAUGCGAAUGCUCAUUCACGACAUGCAGGCGACCCUCGAAAAGUUCUCCACGAGAGUGGAUACGCUGCUCGCUAACGUCCAGGACGUCAAGAAUGAAGCGGUAAACUUCAACCGGAUAUCAGAGAAUGAACGUGAACGUGUGCUCGACGAGAUCUCGAAUAGCUCAAAGAAAGUGCAAACCGAGUUGAAGGCUUGCAUCGGUGUACCAUCACAAGCAUCAGCUCUCGAAUUGGUCCAGAAAUCACAAUCUUUAACGGAAAACAGCAUACAAGCACUA